AUGGAAAAUUUAGCCUCAGAUCACACAAAAAUUUCCUCUUCUCCGACGGAAAACGAUUCCAACUCGGUGGCCGAAUGGGACCCACGAGACUCGUCUCCUCUUUCGCCAGAUGAUAAGUUUGAUGCGAAUCUCGGAGCUAUAGGCUGUGAGCGAGAGGCAGCUCGAAGAAAAUCUGCACCAGUCUUGUCAGCAAAAAACUCUAGCCUUAACCCAAUCUGGACCUGGGACAAGUUCACUAUCACGACUUGA